CAGUUCGCCAUCGUUUGCUAAUCUUCCGGACAUGUAGCUUACUCUGCUCUGUACUUCUUGCUUCUGACCAACACGUCUGCUGCCUUCUCCCCCUCCCUCGCCCAGAAACACGACUCAGACGAUGGCAAACGUCCAGACGAUCAUAGAACAAUGGCCCCCAUCUCUCGAUGAGGCACAGGUGGAAGCACUUAGCCGCCUGGCCACCACUUGGGCGCUCGCACACGGUCUCCUAUACCUUCCCGUACUAAGCCCACAACCAUCGGUCCCAGCUGCGGCCAUUCACGCGCCGAUCUCUCUCUUCCCCUCCCCAUUCCCUCGCAAGCUCUUCAAUCAGGCUAAGAGGAUACAGCGGACCUACAAUGUACUCUACUCCAGGAUCGCCAUGGACACGAAAUUCCUAGACUCUGUUAUGGGCUCAGAAGAAGGGGUUGGGAAAGUGGACGAGUUCACUGGACAGCUGUGGCGCGGAUGGAAAGCGCUGCGCGACGAGACUGUACAGCCUCUCCACCUAGGAAUCUUCCGAUCGGACUACCUUUUGCACUCUUCCGAGGCCAAGGAUCUGUCCUUGAAGCAAGUCGAAUUCAACACCAUCUCUUCCUCCUUCGGCUGCUUGUCACAGCGCGCAGCCGCAAUGCAUAGAUACCUGCAGCAAUCGAACCAGUACUUGAAGGCGUCAGAGCACUUGAAGUUGGAUAACUUCCCCUCAAACGAGACCACGGGUGGCAUUGCGAGCGGCCUUGCAGCCGCACACAAGGCCUACGGCAAGCCAGAGGCCCACAUUCUUUUCGUGGUGCAAGGCGGCGAGCGCAACGUAUUUGACCAAAGCUGGCUUGAAUACGAACUCCUCGAGAACCACGGUAUCCAUGUCAUUCGCCAGACGCUCGAGCAGCUCGCCACCUCCGCUUCGGUGGACGAAAGCAAGGCCCUGCGCAUCACCCUCACUCCCUCCUCCAUAUCCUCCCCCUUCGAAAUCUCGACUGUAUACUUCCGCGCUGGCUACACCCCCGCCGACUACCCCACCCAGACUCACUACGAUACCCGCUUCCUCCUCGAGCGGUCGUCUGCCAUCAAGUGCCCGACCAUUCCCCUCCAGCUUGCCGGCGGAAAGAAGGUGCAGGAGGUACUCACCCAGCCUGGCGUCCUCGACCGCUUCCUCGACGACGCGACCCGCGCCGACGCGGCCGAGCUCCGCGCCAGCUGGAUGGGCAUGUGGGGGCUCGACGCGGCCGAGGACGGUCUCAGCGCCGCGACGGUCCCCACCGCCGACCCCGCCGCCGCACCCACCGCCGAGCCUCACGGCGUCCUGCGCGCCCGCGAGCAAUUCGCACGUCUCGUGCUCAAGCCGCAGCGCGAGGGCGGGGGGAACAACGUGUACAAGGAAUCCAUCCCCGCCUUUCUCGACACGCUCCCGCCCGCCGAGCGCGCGGCGUGGAUCGCGAUGGAGCUGAUUGAGCCGCCUGCGGGGGUGGGGAACUAUUUAGUUAGGUCUGGGGGCGGGCCGGCAGUGCGGGCGGAGGUAGUGAGCGAGCUGGGGAUCUUCGGGUGGUCGCUGUUUGGUGGGGGUAAGGUGGCGGAGGAGCGAGAGGUCGGGUGGCUGUUGCGGACGAAGGGGAAGGAUAGCAAUGAGGGGGGCGUGGCAGCUGGGUUUUCGGUACUGGAUUCGGUGUUGCUGGUAGGGGAUGCGGAGUAGACUGUAGAUGUAGGAAUAUCUGGGUCAAAGGGCAGAAUUGUAUCAAUAUUUAUUUAUGCAGUAAAGCAUAUAGAAGUGUUCAUUCAGUACACAGUUGAUGUGAUAGAGAACUCGCC